GGUCGCUCGAAAAAGAAGUCUCCGCUUCGUAAGUCUAUACCACUGUCUUGAUUGCUUUUCUUAUCUGCUCUCGUACUAGCGUUGGUCAUGAGGAUGUGUUAGGUUUCGGCUGCUUGAAUCUUAUAUGGUUGUUUCCUGCUGCUGCUACAACAUUACCUCUGCCUCUCUCUGCUUCUGGUCCCUCUGCUGUCUCUCCUUUGGACCCAUUCCUGUCUCCUCCACACCCUUAAACUGCGUUUACUCUCCACUCACCUCUCUCUUUCCUACUUCCUCUCAAUUCUGCACUGCAUCGCUGCUCUCUGUCUUUAGAGAAGACGGCCAUCAUUCCGGAAUCCACGGGGAGAGCACGCUGUGUUAUGUUACCCUACCCUACCAUUUCCUUACUUUCAUCUCUACCGCUGAGGUCCAUCACCCCCGACUACAUCUUUUCUCUUCAGUGACUGACAUCGAUCAACGAAUCACCGCUUGCAGACACCUCCGGUUCUGACUCUAACACUCGUUCAUUACGCCCGUUUCGUUCCUUCACCCACCGUUCAGACCGUCCAGGGAGCGGUUAUUCAGGCCAUUCCGACCCCACUCGACCCCGCGCAUCUUCAAA